ACUGGGCGUCCGGCUAAGGCCGGGGACCCAGGGUGGUGGGCGGGGUGUCCCGCCCGCCUGUGGACCCCGCGCAGUAACUGCGAACAUUUCGCUUUCAUUUUGGGCCGAGCUGGAGGCGGCGGGGCCGUCCCGGAACGGCUGCGGCCGGGCACCCCGGGAGUUAAUCCGAAAGCGCCGCAAGCCCCGCGGGCCGGCCGCACCGCACGUGUCACCGAGAAGCUGAUGUAGAGAGAGACACAGAAAGAGACAGAAAGCAAGAGACCAGAGUCCCGGGAAAGUCCUGCCGCGCCUCGGGACAAUUAUAAAAAUGUGGCCCCCUGGGUCAGCCUCCCAGCCACCGCCCUCACCUGCCGCGGCCACAGGUCUGCAUCCAGCGGCUCGCCCAGUGUCCCUGCAGUGCCGGCUCAGCAUGUGUCCAGCGCGCAGCCUCCUCCUUGUGGCUACCCUGGUCCUCCUGGACCACCUCAGUUUGGCCAGAAACCUCCCCGUGGCCACCCCAGACCCAGGAAUGUUCCCGUGCCUUCACCACUCCCAAAACCUGCUGAGGGCCGUCAGCAACAUGCUCCAGAAGGCCAGACAAACUCUAGAAUUUUACCCUUGCACUUCUGAAGAGAUUGAUCAUGAAGAUAUCACAAAAGAUAAAACCAGCACAGUGGAGGCCUGUUUACCAUUGGAAUUAACCAAGAAUGAGAGUUGCCUAAAUUCCAGAGAGACCUCUAUCAUAACUAAUGGGAGUUGCCUGGCCUCCAGAAAGACCUCUUUUAUGAUGGCCCUGUGCCUUAGUAGUAUUUAUGAAGACUUGAAGAUGUACCAGGUGGAGUUCAAGACCAUGAAUGCAAAGCUUCUGAUGGAUCCUAAGAGGCAGAUCUUUCUAGAUCAAAACAUGCUGGCAGUUAUUGACGAGCUGAUGCAGGCUCCAGGACGUGCUCCAGGAUGUGCAUGCAAGGGGCCAGUUUGCAUAUCUGCAAAUAUUGCUGGGAAACAAGCAAGAUUGGUGCCUGAUUAUGACCCAUUGUGAACCAAAAUGUGAACCAAAUAAAAGAAUGACCUAUCAUCUGGGGCAUCUAUAAUGUUAUUCAUAGGCAAGAACUUGCUUUGUUAUGUUCUGAAUCACCAUAACACAGAUGCUAAUAUAAAACAAAUAUUUAUAUAAGCGAGGGUGACUGCUUUGGUGACAAGGACAUGGGAUAAAAAUAUGGUGGCAGAAAUCAUUGUCUGAAAAGUAAUUGUUUUACUUUUAUUCUUUUCGUGUGUGUGUGUGUGUGUGUGUGCAUGUGCCAGAUUUCUUGUUUGAAAGGCAAUGAGCUUCAUCCAAGUAUCAAAGAAUGUUAGCAUCUAGAGAGCUGUAGUUGCUAUUUCAUUUUUAGGACCAAGAGUUGGGUGAUUUGGGUGCUAGAAUCAAUUCUACCAGUAACCAGACAACUAUUCCCAAGUCACUUAACCCCUCUGUGCCUCAGUUUCCUCCAGUAUAAAAUGGGGUGACUUUAUUCUAGCUUUCUUUUAGACUUUUUGUGAGGAACAUAUGAAAGUAUUUAUUCAUCAAGGGUGCAAAUGUAAGGUUUUAUAUUCUGUUAUCAAAUCAAAGUGCUAAACUUGGGAAAUUCAUUGCCAGGUUUAUCUGACACAAAUGGCAUGUCUUCAGUAAACAGGCCUAUUACUGAUAGUGAGUUCUGAUCAAUAGCAAUCCAUCACCUCCCUGUGCUAAACAGAAGUGGGUUUUUUAAAUGUAACAUAUAUAAAAUUAAUUAGAUAUUGCAGCAGAUGUCAUUUUAAAGGAACUGUUUCUUUCUAAGACACAACUCCCACUGACGAUUUUUUCUAAAUAGUUUUAAGGGUCUUUUCAGAGCUCAUUGAAGAUGCAUGUGCUUGGAAAAUGAGUAUUUCUUUUCUCAGGUUCUGCCUGGUGAUCUGGCUGAGAGUAGAUUUGGACUGGGUUUAGGAGUGGCAUAAGGGACUGAGUUGCAGGCUCCGAGACAUGUACUGGCUCCACUCAUUUUUAUGAAUGAAUAUUUGAAUUUUGGAAUACCAUGUAAGUCAUGCUUACUGUUCA